AUGUCUGAAAUAAUUUGGUGGGUGCGGCAGGUGUCGACGCGGCUGCGGUCGGCCACGGAGCUGCUGGGGGAAAAGGACGAGCGCCUGGCUGAGCUGGAGGCUGACGUGGCCGACAUGCGCCAGUUGUACCAGCAGCAGGUGCUUGUUUUUAUGGACCAGCUCGCGCAUGCCAGCCAGCAGAACAGCCCCAGCCCCUCCCCUGGCCCCUCACCCCAGCCAUCCAUGCCCCUUCCUUGCCUGUAG